CGCGCCUCCUUCGGGGGCAAGGGCAGCGGCAGCUCCGUCACCUCCCGCAUCUACCAGGUGUCCCGCACCUCGGCCGUGCCCAGCCUGUCCAGCUUCCAUGCCACCCGCGUGACGCCCCUGCGCUCCUACCAGAGCGCCUACCAGGGCGCCGGGGAGCUGCUGGACUUCAGCCUGGCCGAUGCCAUGAACCAGGAGUUCCUGCAGACCCGCACCAACGAGAAGGUCGAGCUGCAGGAGCUCAAUGACCGCUUCGCCAACUACAUCGAGAAGGUGCGCUUCCUGGAGCAGCAGAACGCCCUCAUGGUGGCCGAGGUGAACCGCCUGCGGGGCAAGGAGCCCACCCGCGUGGCCGAGAUGUACGAGGAGGAGCUGCGGGAGCUCCGGCGCCAGGUGGACGUGCUCACCAGCCAGCGGGCGCGCGUCGAGGUCGAGCGUGACAACCUGCUCGACGACCUGCAGAAGCUCAAGCAGAGGCUGCAAGAGGAGAUCCAGCUGAAGGAGGAGGCUGAGAACAACCUGGCUGCCUUCAGAGCCGAUGUGGACGCAGCCACCCUGGCACGCAUCGACCUGGAGAGACGCAUCGAGUCCCUGCAGGAGGAGAUCGCCUUCCUCAAGAAGGUGCACGAAGAGGAAAUCCGGGAGCUGCAGGCGCAGCUGCAGGAGCAGCACAUCCAGGUGGAGAUGGACAUCUCCAAGCCGGACCUGACAGCUGCGCUGCGAGACAUCCGCGCCCAGUACGAGAGCAUCGCUGCCAAGAACAUCGCCGAGGCCGAGGAGUGGUACAAGUCGAAGGUAUCUGACCUGACGCAGGCGGCCAACAAGAACAACGACGCGCUGCGGCAGGCGAAACAGGAGAUGCUGGAGUACCGGCACCAGAUCCAGUCCUACACCUGCGAGAUUGACGCCCUCAAGGGCACGGUGAGCCGCAGGUGGUGCGGGGAAAACCUCAGCUUCCCCUGCCAGGCCCUGCUGCUCUGGGGCAGUUUGGGGAGCUCGGGGAUGAGGCGUUGCGCCGGGGAGGCCAGUGGCUACCAGGACACCAUUGCGCGGCUGGAGGAGGAGAUCCGGCACCUCAAGGAUGAGAUGGCCCGGCACCUGCGGGAGUACCAGGACCUGCUCAACGUGAAGAUGGCCCUGGACGUGGAGAUUGCCACAUACCGCAAGCUGCUGGAGGGCGAGGAAAACCGGAUCAGCAUCCCCAUGCACCAGACCUUCGCUUCUGCCCUCAAUUUCCGAGAGACCAGCCCAGAGCAGCGUGGCUCUGAAGUGCACACCAAGAAGACCGUGAUGAUCAAAACCAUUGAAACCCGCGAUGGGGAGGUGAGUGCAGGGCAGUGCCCUGGGCCAAGGGAGCCCGUGGGACACAGGGGCAGGGGUGGGCUCUUGCCCCCUGGGCAAGGCUCAGGCACCACCAUGUACUGA